GUGGUCGCGCCACCUCCCCGCCUCGGCGUUAUUUAAGACCGGCUUGAGCUCACUCGGUGGGGAAGCACGAAGCAGAGUGUGGGUGAGGUCGCCACACUCGUCCUGAGCUCAGAGCUGAGCUGCUCCACCGAGGAGAAGAAGAAAAGAUGGAUCCCUGCAAGUACCGCCCGUCGAGCAGCUUCGACAAGAAGACCACGACGACCAACGCCGGCGCACCGGUGUGGAACGACAACGAGGCGCUGACGGUGGGCCACCGGGGGCCCAUCCUGCUGGAGGACUACCACCUUCUGGAGAAGGUGGCCCACUUCGCCCGCGAGAGGAUCCCCGAGCGCGUGGUCCACGCCCGGGGCGCCUCCGCCAAGGGCUUCUUCGAGUGCACCCACGACGUCACCGACCUCACCUGCGCCGACUUCCUCCGCGCCCCGGGCGCCCGCACCCCCGUCAUCGUCCGCUUCUCCACCGUCAUCCACGAGCGCGGGUCGCCCGAGACGAUCCGCGACCCGCGGGGCUUCGCGGUCAAGUUCUACACGAGGGAGGGCAACUGGGACCUCUUGGGGAACAACUUCCCCGUCUUCUUCAUCCGCGACGGGAUCAAGUUCCCCGACGUGAUCCACGCCUUCAAGCCCAACCCGAGGUCCCACGUCCAGGAGUACUGGCGCGUGUUCGACUUCCUGUCCCACCUCCCCGAGUCGCUCCACACCUUCUUCUUCUUGUUUGAUGACGUGGGCAUCCCCACCGAUUACCGCCACAUGGAAGGCUUCGGGGUCAACACCUACACGUUCGUGACACGGGAAGGGAAGUCCAAGUACGUCAAGUUCCACUGGAAGCCCACGUGCGGGGUCAGCUGCCUCAUGGACGACGAGGCCACGCUCGUCGGCGGGAAGAACCAUAGCCACGCCACCCAGGACCUCUACGACUCCAUCGACGCCGGCAACUUCCCCGAGUGGAAGCUCUUCGUCCAGGUGAUGGACCCAGAUGAGGAGGACAAGUACGACUUCGACCCAUUAGACGAUACCAAGACCUGGCCCGAAGACCUCCUCCCACUCCGGCCCGUGGGCCGCCUGGUCCUGGACCGAAACGUGGACAACUUCUUCAACGAGAACGAGCAGCUCGCCUUCGGCCCAGGCCUGAUCGUGCCCGGGAUCUACUACUCGGACGACAAGAUGCUCCAAUGCCGGGUCUUCGCCUACGCCGACACCCAGCGCUACCGCCUCGGCCCAAACUACCUGAUGCUCCCCGUGAACGCCCCCAAGUGCGGCCACCGCAACGCGCACUUCGACGGCGCCAUGAACUUCAUGCACCGGGAUGAGGAGGUCGACUACUACCCGUCCCGCCACGCGCCGCUCAAGCAGGCGGAGCCGGCGCCGGCGUGCUUCCCGGUGCCGGUGAGGACCGUGGUUGGGAAGAGGGAGAAGACGAGGAUCAAGAAGGAGAACGAUUUUCAGCAGUCUGGGGAGAGGUACCGGAGCUGGGCGCCGGAUCGGCAGGACCGGUUUGUGAAGAGGUUCGCGGAUGCUUUGGGGCAUCCCAAGGUUAGCCAUGAGCUCCGCGCUAUCUGGGUCAACUUUCUCUCCCAGUGUGAUAAGUCGUGUGGGAUGAAGGUUGCGAACCGGCUCAACGUGAAGCCGAGCAUGUGAUCCAUGAGAGUACAGUGGAUAUGCAUCGACUGCCAUGGAUUGGAUGGAUGGAUAUGCUGUGGGACAGUCGGAAAUAAAAGUAUGUUAAGCUGGAUGGCCGUAAGCUUUGUGCUCUUCUCCCUGGACCAGGAGGAUGGUAAUAAGAGACCACAUCGAUCCAGAUCUGACGUAUAUGGAUCAUGUGGCCAACUGUGUGUUUGUCUUCCUUUUUUCCUUCUUUGGAAUUUGGAACAAGGCCGGCCAGUGUAUUGUCAUCAUCUUCUCGUCGUUGUUGAUAUGUAUCGGUAACUUGUACUGUCUACUCCACAGCUAAAAAUGAUGGUAUUAUGGAACUCGUUGUAUGGACUACUCCGUAA